CUUGUACAUAAAAAUCAGAUUGAAAGCUGUCCGAAGGCACCCUUUUAAAGCAUUCCACCAGGCAGUAUUCAGCUAUUUAACCAUAACUAGUUAUUUAGGCAAAAACUGCUAGUUAGACCAUUAACAAGCAUUCUUUUUAUAUUUCUUCCAGUAAAAUAAAUUAUUGAUAUCAUUGCUGACUUUUAUAUUAUGGGAGGGAAAAUAAAAAACAAUAAUAAAAAGGUGAUAAAAGCACUGUUUCUAUUUUUUUCUUUUUUUUCCAAAAAAGAAAGUAAUAAAAACUUAAAUUCUUUGUACCAGUAAAAAAAAAAAAAAAAUGUAUAAAAUUUACAUCCGUGCAGUGGAGUUGUUAAGUUCUAGAAAUACACAGCCUAUGAUGCUUUAGAUUUAGCCUAGUAGACCAACUGUUAGAGACAGACGUAUCAUUUUUAUGGAAUUAUAUGAUAAUCAUAUUCAGAUUUAUAUAAGCAUUUUACAAGUAUUGCAAUCAUUGAGUAGAGAUAAUCAUGGUAUUUUCAUCAGCUUGGUACUUUUUGAAAACAUGACUGUGUCGUGUAAACAAUCUGCAAUUUUUCAAGGCGUGACAAAAACUUGCCCCUGUUUGAUUUCCCAACCAAGGCCAAUUUUGCUCAACAUUGGGCCCAAGACAACUUGGCAACCGGGACAAAAGAAGGACCUUCUCCCGCCCGGGCGCUGCCUGGGGAAAGCCGCCGGUCCGGGUGCGGCCGGCGCGGCCCAGGAGGUGCCCGGGAGGCGGCGUCAAAGCGUAGUUGAAAAAUUGCAGUUUGUCUGUGCAUAUGUUUGGACUCUUUCCAUGUUGUCCUGUUUACAAGUUAACCUAAGUUUUGGGGUGUUUGUCACGGGUCUUCUUGGUUUUGUAUUUAAAUAAAUAAAGCAGGGAACCGUCUCGCCGCGGUUCCGCUGCAGAUAGUUAUAUCCUCAUGUGUAACGUGCGAGCCUACUGGCGAGCACCUUAGUAAAUUAUCAACUCACCGCUGUGAACCUGCCAACUUGCUAUAACAACUCUGCUUUAAAAAAAGUGUUUGUGAUCAGGCUUUCUCUUUGUCAUCGUAUGUGCAUGCAGUAUGAUCAGUUGAACAAUAACCAUCAAUAAAGUUUCACAAGAUUUGAAAACAAAGUUUCUGUAGCAUUUAUAUCUAAGGAUGAGAAAUAAAUUAUCUUUAAAAAUUGAAACAGAGAGAGAAAGAGACUAUAUUAAUCGAUGAAAAAUGGGGCAGUAACAUAUAUUUAUACUGGUGAGGGAAUGAACUGAAAUUUAUUAAGAGUUCAAUCCUCACAUUUAUUAUAUAAGAUAUGCAAAACAAGCCUCCUAUUAAAAGAAAAAAAAAGUAAAUUUCAUAUAAACACCACGAUAAAAGCGUCUUGAAAAAUGUUUACCAAAUGUUAGGCUUCCAAUUCAAAGUGUGGAUGAUACAUCUUUUUUGGAAUUGCACACACAAAAUGUCUAACGUGGAGAAUAACAGAAUUUAUUUGCAAUUUUAAUUUUCCUGAGAUGGCUUUACAGCUCCCACUCUCCAAAUGAUUAUAUGGCGUUUUAGUCUAUUAAAAUUAUCUUGAAAGGUUGAGGGUGCAGCCCAUAUUAGAAAAUAUUUUGUUUAUGAAGCUCCUACAGUACUCCUAGUAGUCAUUUUAAAAUGUAUGUCUGAAAUAGUUAUGUAAGAAAAGCAUUUGAAAUUUUUUUACAAUAUAUAUUGGGAAUGUUUUCACUUAUAUAAAUAACUACUGAUAAUAUGACUUAUGAAAAAAAUUAUUACUACCAUAUGUGGAAUAUAGUGACUUCUAAACAGAUUUAAAAAGAAAACCCCUACAAACCCAGAAAAUGUGUAUAUCUGUCUUUAGAAAUUAGUGUUUAUAUCACAACCGUGAUUUGUGAAUAAAGAAAAAUGGUUUGUAAUAUCAAAAUAAAAGCUUAGUCUGAAAAGGUAAAA